AUUUGACAUAACACUGUCUGAUGUAUAAGAGAAGAAGCAUGCUUGCAAUUUCAUCAAUAAGCCAUUGCAAUCCAAACUCACCUGUAAUUUGCUCAUGGAACUACAAUGCCCUUCCUUCCAAGUCCUGUUUACUUUCUUCCUCCUUGUGAUUGUGGUACUGAAAAUAGGGAAGAAAGGCCAAAACAACAACUCCUCUGCUUCAAAUCUACCACCAGGGCCAUGGAAGCUACCAAUUAUUGGAAACAUACACCAGCUCGUUGGCGCUCUACCCCAUCGUGGACUCAGAGACUUGGCCAAGCAACAUGGACCGCUUAUGCACCUGAGGCUAGGAGAAGUUUCCACCGUAGUUGUUUCAUCAGCAGAGUUUGCCAAAGAGGUGAUGAAAACCCAUGAUAUUAUCUUUUCAUCAAGGCCUCAGAUCCUAGCUUCAAGAAUCUUAGCAUAUGGUUCUACAAAUAUUGCAUUUGCUCCAUAUGGUGAUUACUGGAGAAGAUUACGAAAAAUUUGCAUGCAGGAGCUCUUAAGUGCAAAGCGGGUUCAAUCUUACCAGCCUAUUAGGGAAAAAGAGGUACUGAAUCUCAUCGGAUGGAUUGGUUCAAGAGCAGAAUCACCUAUUAAUCUUACUCAGAAAAUUUUAUCUUCCACAUAUAGCAUCACUUCACAAGCAGCCUUUGGCAAUCAGUGCAGAGAUCAAGAAAAUUUCAUAUAUGUAAUGAAGGAAGUUAUCAAAGUAGCAUCAGGCUUCAAUGUGGCAGAUGUUUUUCCUUCUUUCAAAUUACUUCAUAUGAUAAGUGGAGUGCAGCCUAAACUUGAGAGGUUGCAGAAACAAGCUGACAGAAUAAUGGAAAACAUCAUCAAAGAACAUAUACAAGCUACCACAACAACGAAAAGUGAAGAGGCUGAAGUAGAGGAAGAUCUGGUAGAUGUUCUCCUAAAAUUUCACGACCAUGGUGGUGGCCAUGAGUUUUCUUUAACCACUGACAACAUCAAAGCAGUGAUCCUGGAUAUUUUUACUGGUGGGAGUGAGACAUCAGCUACAAUUGUAGAUUGGACAAUGUCAGAAAUGAUAAAACAUCCGAGAAUCAUGAAAAGGGCACAGGAUGAGGUGAGGGAAGUGUUCAACAGAACACAGCAGGUAAACGAAACAAGCAUUAGAGAGAUGAAAUAUUUAAAGUUGGUUAUUCAAGAGACACUGAGGUUACACCCUGUUGUUCCCCUGUUACUUCCAAGAGAAUGUGGAGAGAGGUGUACGAUUGAUGGAUAUGAAAUACCUGUCAAAACAAAGGUAAUCGUGAAUGCUUGGGCAAUUGGAAGAGAUCCCAGUUACUGGACUGAGCCCGAGACCUUUUAUCCAGAGAGAUUCCUUGAUAGCUCUAUUGGCUAUCAAGGAACAAACUUUGAUUAUAUUCCAUUUGGUGCUGGAAGGAGAAUAUGCCCUGGCAUAUUAUAUGGUCUGGCUAAUGUUGAGCUCCCACUAGCUUUGUUGUUAUAUCAUUUUGAUUGGAAGCUCCCCAAUGGAACAAAGAAUGAAGACUUGGACAUGACUGAGGACUUUGGCCCUGUAGUCCACAGAAAAGAAGAUCUGCAUUUAAUUCCCACUCCAUAUCAUCCUCCUCCAACUGAUGCAAAUUCAAAAAUAGAAAUAAGUUAAUCAAGUGUUCAUUUUGUUCUUCCUUGUGAAUGCAAUUGUACUUUGUUUGUUUAUGUCAAGUGAUGUUAUCAGAAGUUCA